AUGAUAGUGAAGAUCAAGGGUGCUGUAGAUAUUUCAAUAAUUCUUGCUGCAGAUUCUUCGGAAAAUGGUGGAAUUCAUCAACAUCGUAUUAUUCAUUUGGUUGAGCACACUUAUUUUCAUAUGCUCAUUGUAAUACUUGUAUUACUCGAUUGUGUACUCGUUAUUGGUGAGUUACUUUUGGAUUUUAUUAAAGUGAAAAAAACAAAUAAAGAUUGUAAAGAAACUAAUCAUGGAAAUAGCGAAGACUUGGAAUUAGCUAUUGAAGUACUUCAUUAUACAUCGGUCGUACUGUUAUGUUUGUUCGCUAUUGAAGUACUAACUAAAGUUUAUGCAUUUGGAAAGAAAUGGUGGAAUGUUCGUGAGAAAAAAAUGGAAUAUUUAGAUGCUGCUAUCGUAUUUGUAUCUUUAAUAAUUGAUAUUUACUUUAUUAAUAAGAGCGAAGGCAUUGCCGAUAUAUCGUUACUCAUUAUUUCAUUUCGAUUAUGGAGAAUUAUUAGAAUAAUUAACAGUGCGGUACAAUCAGUUCGUCAAAAAGACGAAAAUUCUAGAAAACAAUUAGCCAAGACAUAUCUCCAAGUUGUCGAACUUCUCAUGUCUGUCUCAAUUAAAAAAACAGACGUAGUCCAAGAAAUUCAAAAUGAUGGAACAGAACAAAACAUUGGAAAAAUAUUGGAAAAAUUUCGUGAAAUUGAUACUUUAUGUCAAGGUUGUAUUACACACUGUUCACGUCCAACGUCUCAACAUUUAGUCACUGAGGCUGCACAGAAUUUACAAGAGGCUCUUGAUCAAGUCAAACUUUCUCAAUCCGGUUUAAGUCUAACAAGUGAAGAAAAAGAAAAACAAGCCUAA